CGUCCUGGGGCUGGUUGCUUGGACUUGAUCUACCAAUUCAAUACACUGCCAAAGUAGCUGUGGUGAUUGCUCAGGUCAUGCGUAUCUCUAGCAGACGAUGAAAAUUCUCUGUGUGGCGGAGAAGCCCUCGAUCGCAAAGAGUGUCGCGCAUACUCUUGGUGGAGGACGUGUUAGUCUUAGAGAGACAAGAAACAAGUACAUCAAAAACUAUGACUUUACAUACAACUUCCCGCCUCCGUACGGUAGCGCAGAGGUUACGAUGACAUCAGUCAUGGGCCACAUCUUCCACAACGACUUCACCAAGGAAUUCAGCAGCUGGGAUGCCGUAUCUCCGAUCGACCUUUUCCGGGCAAGAAUUCUCAAAUCUGUUCCUGCAGACCAAGAAAAUAUCGCUAGAAAUAUCAGAGAUGAAGCGGGACGUUCUCAGUUGCUCAUCAUCUGGACUGAUUGUGAUCGAGAAGGAGAGCAUAUUGGCGUUGAGGUACUGAAUAUCGCGCGCGAACGGAAUCGGAAUAUAGGAGUCAAGCGGGCGAUGUUUAACAAUCUGGAAGCAGCGCACAUCCACCAAGCGGCGCGCUCACUACGCGACAUCGACCAUCGACUCGCGCAAGCUGUUGAUGCACGGAUGGAGAUAGAUCUAAGAUUAGGUGCAGCGUUUACUCGAUUUCAAUCAAAAUUACUCAGGCCCGCGUGUACACCUCUCAAGAAUUCAUUGAUCUCCUACGGAUCCUGUCAAUUUCCAACGCUAGGCUUUGUCGUUGAUCGUUUUAAACGGGUACGCAAUUUUCGACCGGAAACGUUUUGGUACAUCAAGGUUGUCGUGGAGAAGGACGGGAUCACGGUGAAUUUCAAUUGGAAACGCGUUCACCUGUUUGAUCGGAUGGCCACCACGCUCUUGUUUGAGCGGUGUAUGGAAAGCAGCAAUGGCGAGGCGCGCAUAGUGAGUAUGGUCAAAAAACCGACUUCAAAGUGGCGACCAUUACCAUUGACCACGGUCGAAUUACAACGACGAGGCGCACUUUUUCUCGGCUUUUCUUCUAAAAAGGUAAUGGAUAUUGCCGAAAAGUUGUAUACAAAAGGUUUUCUAUCUUAUCCCCGUACCGAAACGGACCAAUUUGACGACGGUAUGGAUUUGCAGGCGCUGAUUGAGAAACAAGUCGGAGAUGCGUCGUGGGGUGGAUACGCUCAAGGUCUUUUGAACGGAGGAUUUUGCAAGCCGAAGAAGGGUAAGCAUAAUGAUCACGCACAUCCGCCAAUUCACCCGGUCGCUCAUUGCUCACAGGGGGGCAAUAUAGCGUAUGACGAGAUAAGGGUGUACGAGCUGGUAGCGCGGCACUUUUUGGCGUGCUGUUCGGAGGAUGCAAAGGGAGCGAGUACAGAAGUAGUGCUAGAUUGGGCAGGCGAGCGAUUUGGAACGACUGGGUUGCGCGUUGUGCAGAGGAACUACCUUGACGUCUACAAAUAUGAUCGGUGGACUAGUAGUCAGGAGCUACCAGAGUUUUCACAAGGCGAGCUUGUGACGCUGAAGCGAGCGACUAUGGAAGAAGGCACGACGACAGCACCGGGAUAUCUUACAGAACCCGAGUUGAUUCAGCAAAUGGACGCGAACGGGAUUGGCACAGAUGCGACGAUGGCAGACCAUAUUGAUCGGAUUCUUGAUCGCGGAUAUGUGGUGAAGGUGCCUAAAGGCGCAGGCGGUCGGUUCCGGGAGCCACUGCCGGUGACUGCUCCUGCCGCAACACAACCGCGAGGUGCAGCAGCGCGAGGAGGGGGCCGCGGUGGUAGAGGAGCGCGAGGAGGCGGUCGCGGAGGUCGAGGUGGCGGGGGUGCAGCAGGAAGGAAGACGAACGGAGCGAACGGCGGCAGCGGGGACGGUCAGUUUGAGUUCAUUCCGAGCACGCUGGGGUUUGCGCUUGCGGAAGGGUACGAUGCGAUUGGGUUCGACAAGUCUCUAAUGAAGCCAUUUUUGCGACGAGAUUUGGAGCUGAGUAUGACAGAUAUCUGCGAGGGCAGGAAGACGAAGGAGGAGGUAAUUCAGCAGAGUUUGUCGCUGUAUAGAGAGGUUUUCCAGCGGUCGAACGAGCAGAAGGGGAUACUGGUGCAGGCGUGUCGACGAUAUGUGGUGUGACCAGACAUUUGAUUCACAAAACCCCAGAGUACAUAGUUAUUGUAAUUUACCUAAUGACACUGUGUAGCAGACA